UACCCCCCACCAUGGCCGAGGAGGAGGAGGCGGUGUGUCCGGGAUCUGAGAUGCCGACGGCGGACGAGGACCGGCAGGAGAGUGGGGAGCAGCUCACAGCGGGUCGCGACGGGCCCGUGAGCGGAGUGGAAAAUAGUGAACAUGGCAGUAAGAAUGAACCUAUCAGCCACCAACUCACUGCAGACUGUUUUAAAGAUGAAGAGGAAAUUGGGAAAGAUCAUGAUUACCCUAUAAAGGAGAUGACUUCAAAAAAACAUGUUAGAACUGUUGAGUUUCCAGAAGUCAUUGAGACAACUCAGCUCUCCUAUUAUGAACGUUAUAAGGCUUACCAAGACUACAUUUUAGGUGACACUAAACCAUCUGAGGUGAAAGAUUUCAUUGCGGAAUAUUUAGAUAAGGUCCUGGAACCGUAUGGAUGGCAAGCGAUCUGGUCUAAUGAUGUGUUUGAGGUGCUUGUUGAGAUAACUGAUGUGGUGACAUCAAGCUUACAGGCAAAGGUGCAUCUGACUGAACUAUUCCUUUAUGAGUCUGAAACUUAUCCUCUUAGCAGAGAGGCAAUGGAAAGUUUCCUGGAGGCAAAGGAGCAUCUUGUACCAUUACAGGACUUGUAUGUGGCAGUUGAUGGGUCGGGAGAGUUUGACCAAACAGCACUAGCCAUUGAACACAUCAGGUUUUUCUAUGAAAAUAUCUGGAGAAAGUGGGAUGAAGAUGAUGAUGACGAUGAUUAUGAUUACUUUGUCAGAUGUUGUGAACCUAGACUUAAACUGCACUACGAUAUUCUUGAAGAUCGUGUCCCAACUGACCUCAUUGCUGAAUAUCAUCGGCUGUUGUCAAAAUGCGAUGAGACAUAUAAGGAUUUCAUCAAAAUGAGGGAUAAUAUAACGACAAGUGAUUCAGAAACAGAGUCUGAAAUCAAUAAUGUCUCAAUGGUGGAAGGACUGAAAUUAUAUGAAGAGUUAGAGAAGCUUAAAUAUAAACUUCAAAUAAUGGAGAAUCCUCUUUAUAGGUACGUACUGCGUCGAGAUGGCUAUGGAUUACCUUCCAAACAGGCUAAAGGACCUCGUCCUUCAGGUGAAAAAGUUGUGCAUGUUGUUUCAAAGUGCAUGACCAUUGGCCUCAUGCAAUCCUUGUUAAAGGAGAAACUAAAUGCCGACCAUGUCACGCAAGAGCAAGUGCUGGAGUUUCACAGUGACCCAGUUGUGGCAAUAAAUGCUUGCUAUGAAGGUGAUGUUGUCAUUAUCUGCGCUGGACAUUAUUGUGUGAAUGGCUAUUUUAGAAUUGCUGAUUCUAUUCAGAUAGAAGGAUAUGGACUUCCUGAUGAUGUUGUGCUGGAAAAAGAGGGCAAAGGAGACACCUUUGUGGAAUGUAUGGCCAGUAUUGUGAAAAUAUCCAAUCUGAAAUUUGUUCAGCAUGAUGCUACAGAGGGUAUUUUAUGUGUCCGCCAGGGCCAGACUGUUCUGGAGGGUUGUGUGCUGCAAUGUGACACCACAGGAGUGGUACUCAGAACCUCAGCAGAGCUGUGUAUGAAAAAUUGUGACCUAUAUGGAGCAAAGGGAGCAGGACUUGAGAUUUACCCUAGCAGCACUUGUGUCCUGAAUGGAAAUGACAUACAUCACUGCAAGGAGGGAAUUCUUAUUAAGAAUUUCAUGGAAGAGCUUUAUGAUGUCCCAAAAAUAACCAUGAUGAACAACCUGGUUCAUAACCACGAAAAUUAUGGUGUCACAAUGAUCAAAUUUGCUGUGCACUUUGGGAAAAAGAAGGCCAUACCGCCAAUUAUAAUUCAACCUAUCGAUGUAGAGCAUAUGGAGAAUCCACUGAACGAUGAACACAGCUUGGAUACAAAUUCGGGCAGUCAUGGAACACAGGACAUACCACAUUUAUUGGUUGAGCACUGUAGUCCUAAUAAAUAUGAACAAACUGUAAUUCUGAAUAAUUCUGACAUUGCUGAAUGUGAUGAAGCAGUAACAAAUGAGCUCAUUUCUACUUCAGCAAAAAAGAUGAAGCUGUCCAGACCAAGGCUAGGUGAGGCAGGAGACACUGAGAUUAAUGACAAACUAAUAUCGCAGGAAAUCUUUUCAUCCAUUGUGGGUAAUCAUUUUAGAAAGAAUGGAAAGGGGAGUUUUGGAAUUGUGUACUACUAAUUGCUAUGUCUGCUGUUAAUUUGUAUAUCUGAAAUAUGAAAGGCACCCAUUUGCACACCAGUUAUUGCACAGCUGCUUUCAGAAUUAUGAUGCAUCAUCUUAAAGCUGAGUUUGUUCGUUUACAUAAAUAGGAAAGACUGAAGUGAGAUGUUUCAGCAGAUAACUAGCACACGAUAAGUCUAAUUAUUAACAGGUAUUGCUUCUUGGUAGAAUCCUAUUUUUUAAACAGUAACCAUGUAAUAAGGAUCACCUACACUCCAACACACAAAUUGAUUGUUCAGACACUAGUUUAAAAAAUAAUUCACUGGGAAAUUAGUAAUUGUUCACCUUUUAGAAAAUAUGAAUUCACCAAAUGGAGAAAGAUGCUUGUUGCUCAGUGAUAUGAAUAUGUAAAAUGUUUUUAACUUUUUUAAUAUUCCAUGUAGAGGUUCACAGAGUAUUACUCUGCUUUGUUGUAUUUCUUUAUGUGCUGCUGGGUAGAACUAUUGCAUGAUUGAAAUAUACAUGUAUUUAUUGUGCAGUCUCCCAAUCUUCCUCCACUCUCACCAUUCAGCUGUUCAUGGUUUUUCUCCCAGUCACUUUUUUUUCUUGUAGCUAACUUCAUUUAUACCUCCCCCUAUUUUCGGCACUCUACAUUUCCUGGCUUUCCUCCUCACUUCUGCUUUCAUUUCUGUGAGACUCAUUUGUUUCAUCUUUUAUUCUCCAGGAGUUAACAGUAAAGCAGUGCACCUGCUGGCUAACCAAUCCCGAAAAGUAUUUUUUACAUAUAUAUAUUAAGAAAAUGGGCAAAGAAACUGUUGUGCAAAGUAACUACUAUUAAAUAAAGUUACCAGCAUAUUGUGUAAGUGAUGCAUGUUUGGAUAUUAAUUUUCAGAAGUAAAAUGAAGUUGCGAUGAAGCAAAGAUAAAUCACUUGUGCUUACAUGACCUUCAGGAAAUGUGUGACUGUGCCACGCCCUUAUAUCUUCCAUUUAGGAUUUGUGGUGCUUUGCACAAAGUUGUGAAUUUUUAAAUUUACAUUAAUAUUGAAU